AUGACAGAGGAUAUAUUAGACAAACAAACAUAUGUUAGCAGUACAAGUCUACAAUUUUUGCUUCAAGAGUUGGUGCCUACAUCUAUCCGAGUUUCGCAUAAACUUUUAGACCCAACUGUCUCGACAUUUGCAGAAGAGUCUGAACAAACCAGAAUAGAUCAACAACUUUCCACAAUUAAAAACGAUUUUCCUGGAACCGUUAACGUUUUGGAUUCACCGUUAUUAGACAAUGACGAAGUCACAAUCAGAGUGGAGGCAUAUGGAUACAGUUUGGGAUUGAAAAUAGCUGAAGUGUUACUAUAUAAAAGCUCUGGCAACAAGGUGGUGGAUAUUUUGGACAUUAUGAAAUUUGUCUGUCGAGACGUUUGGAAAUGCUUGUAUAACAAACAAAUGGAUAAUUUAAGAACUAACCACCGAGGAACGUUUGUUUUGGUUGAUAACAACUACAAAUUGAUUUCUCCGCUCAAUAGCUCUAAAGGUAUGCAAGAGACCUUGGCCAAGGCAAAAGUAUACUUAUGGUUCCCUUGUGGUGUAAUACGAGGGAUAUUGAUGAGUUUUGGCAUUGAAGCUAAUGUUUCAGCAGAAAUAACUCAAUUUCCUGCUGUGGUAUUUAAUAUUCACACUAGCAUAAAUAAUUAG